UAAGACUUAAAGAAGGAUCAUUCCUACCCAUUGCACUGACCAUGUCUGAUAAACAGAAUAACUUCCCCCCUCUCCCUCGCUUCAUACCUCUAAAGCCAUGUUUCUACCAGGAUUUUGAAACCGAUAUUCCUGACCAACAUCGGACCAUGGCCAAACGUCUUUAUUAUCUAUGGAUGCUGAACAGCAUCACGUUGGCGGUGAAUCUGAUUGGCUGCCUGGCGUGGCUGAUUGGAGGAGGCGGAGCCACUAAUUUCGGCCUGGCAUUUCUAUGGCUCAUCCUUUUCACUCCCUGUUCCUAUGUGUGCUGGUUCAGACCUAUUUACAAAGCUUUCAGGUCGGACAGCUCCUUUAACUUCAUGGCUUUCUUCUUUACCUUCUUGGCCCAGUUGGUUAUUAGCAUAAUACAAGCUGUUGGCAUUCCUGGCUGGGGAGUCUGCGGAUGGAUUGCAGCAAUUUCCUUCUUUGGAACAAAUGUGGGGUCUGCAGUGGUGAUGCUGAUUCCUACCAUUAUGUUCACAGCUGUGGCCAUCUUGUCUUUUAUAGCAUUGACUAAGGUACACAAAUUUUACCGUGGAGCUGGAGGCAGCAUGAGUAAGGCACAGGAGGAGUGGACCACAGGCGCUUGGAAAAACCCUCAUGUUCAGCAGGCGGCUCAGAAUGCAGCUCUUGGGGCAGCACAAGGUGCCGUGACACAGCAAGAACCUCAGUACUCAGCAACACCAAACUACGGCUACUCCAAUCAAAUGUAAGAGUUUCUCGGGACUUCAAGAAAUACAUUCCCAGGGGUUGGAAAAAAAACCUCAUUUCCGCUGUUCUUUAGUAGUUCAAUUGUCUCUUCAACUCUCUUCCCAUUCCCUUUGAUAUGGUGCAUAAUUGAUAGUGGUGUGUAUAUGGUGUCCCAGAGAGUAUCCAUCCCUGGUUAACGGGGGCAAAUGUUUGUGAGUUCAAUUUAUAUACAUACAGCCCAACAGCCUGGUGCUUGAAUCUGUUGGUAGGAAUUGUUACAAUAAAUCAAAAGCCGGGGGAAAGGGGAAAACCAGAUUGUAUAGUUAGUAUAAAUAGUUACAUAUAUAUAUAUAUGGUUAAAGGAAUGAAUGAGCUUGCCGUAUAUAGGUGAUGGUUUCAGGCAGUCUGAAUCAGCCUAGGUGGCAGUGAAUGAUCAUGUGACUCCAAGGCCUGCAAGGCAAAGAAAGGGAGACACAGUAAGCAAUACAUGGAUGAUGCACUUACCUCCUAUGUUUGCUAUCUGUUAUCAAGCAUCAUCCUCCAAAGGCUUGGGUUUGUAGCACAACACUCCAUUGAAAGGCUAUUGCCCUUAUUUAUGGUAUUCAUACCUUGUUCGCUGCAGGUCUGCACCCAUCAUUGUUAGUAUUUUGGGCACACUAGGUCUGCUUAAUUUUAUUCACGAUUAUGUGUUCAGGAACUCCUGACUUUCUUGAGAUAUGUUUUUUAGUUUUUGGAUACUGCUGUUUAAAUAAUGUGAA